CUUUAAAAUUCUCCAAAAGAAGAAAACACAUCCUGCCCCUGCCGCCUCUGGGAGCGGUGGGAAAUUUUCCAGCCAGUCUGCGCUUUCUGGAGCCCCGAGUGCUAACUCCCCUUGAACGGACAUAUCUGAAGGGGGCCCAAGAUGGGUCGCCGAGCUCAACAGGAGUCAGCUCAAGUGGAGAAUCAUCUCAGUAACAAGAACUCCUCUUCGAUUCUUACUGGAGAGGCUCCCCCUCCCAAGCCACCGCGCAGACAAGGAGGCUGGGCCGAUGAUUCCCUGAAGGCUUCAAAGUCAGGAAGGCGGGCUUCUGAAGAAAUAGAAGAUCACCGCCUCAGACAGCAGAGCUUGGACGGAUCAGAUGACGGAGGAGAUAUCCCUGUUAUUCCAGACCUGGAAGAAGUGCAGGAAGAAGACUUUGUCUUGCAGAUGGCAGCCCCUCCCAGCAUCCAGGUCAACAGGGUGAUGACCUACCGCGACCUGGACAAUGACCUCAUGAAGUACGCAGCCUUUCAGACCUUGGAUGGAGAGAUUGACCUGAAGCUCCUCACCAAGGUCCUCGCGCCAGAGCACGAGGUCCGAGAGGAUGACGUCGGCUGGGACUGGGACCGUCUGUACACCGAGGUGUCCUCAGAGCUCCUCACCGAGUGGGACCUGCUGCAGGCAGAGAAGGAGGAGCCCGUGGGGCAGCCUGCGCGCCCUUGAGCCCUCAUGGUCAGCACACUGCUCUCCCCUCACAGAGUCGUUUCCGCUUCGGACUUGGAAAAACCGGGACUAGCCUUCGACUAGCGAAGCUUGCGAGCAGCUUAGAAUUUUUGUAUGGAAUAUUUUGUAAUAAAAAUACUUAUUUUCAGUAGA